CAAACGGUGGAGAACAGACAGACUGGUUGGUUGGGGACCGAGAGAGACGCCGCCUGACUUUCUCCAGCUGCUCCAAGGUUGGAUCAAGAGGUCAACCCAGACUGCGGAAGCAACAGAGACCUGGUAAAGGAGGGACGGCUACAUGCACAGUUGUGUUUGUCUGUAGAAGACCAGAGUAUCAGAAGGAACCAUGAAUUUUGUGAUGAAGCAAGCCUUAGGUGGGGCCACUAAAGACAUGGGGAAAAUGUUAGGAGGAGAGGAGGUGAAGGAUCCAGAGGUCGUGAAGAAGAAGAAGGAGGAAGAGGAGGAGAGACAGGAGGCACUGAGACAACAGGAAGAGGAGAGGAAGGAUAAGCACCGGAAAAUGGAGGCAGAAAGAGAAGUGGUACGACAGUCCAUCAGGGACAAGUAUGGACUGAAGAAGAAGGAGGAGAAGGAGGCGGAGGAGAAGGCAGCCAUGGAGCAGGCCUGUGAGGGGUCUCUGACGCGUGCCAAGAAGGCCAUCCCAGCCGGGUGCGGAGACGAGGAAGACGAGGAUGAGGAGAGCAUUCUGGACACCGUCCUCAAGUUCCUCCCUGGACCUCUGCAGGACAUGUUCAAGAAGUAAUGAACACAUCAACAAUAACAACAACACAUGGUUCGG